AUGGAGAACAACAAAUUUUCCCAAAGCAUAUUCUAUAAAGGGUUUAACGAAAGCAGAGCAAAUUAUCUGAACGUUAAUUCAAAAACAGACUUCGAAAACGAACACAGUUUAAAUAUUUCCUCAACAGUGACUCCGAUUAAAAACGCCAACGAAAAAAGCAGAGCGUUAAAAAUGAAUGCUCACAAGGUGAGUGACUCGAGACAGGCAGGGAACACCAAGAUUAAUCCAAACGAAUUCGUGGGUAAAAUUCAAAGCCACGUAAACCUUAACAGCAUACACUCCAACGCGGGUUAUCCAAACGGGGGGCUCUUAUAUGUGGAGAACAAAAUGGGUGGAGGGAAUGUGAACAGCCACAUAUAUAGCAGCAUGGGGACCGCCCCCUCAGAUCUGGCAACCGCUGACGGGACUGCACACAAGAAUGUAUUCAGCCAAGGGAUCUACCCCGAUGUGAAGGGAUUCGAUAGAGUAGACGCCAAUCGGCUUGACGCGAAUAGGCUGAAUAUGAACACCUUUAGCAACAGCAGGAACGUACCCAUAAAAAGCGGCGAGUAUAUUUUUUCUGGUGCACAACAACACUUGGGGUAUAUGGACACCAAGGAGGGGGGCAAGGGGGGUCCUCCCCCGGUUGGUGCAGGCCGCAUGGGAAGUAACCCCAUUGCGGGGGAAAACCUUUUCGGGGGGCACAUAUUAGGAACACGUGGGAAGGAGAACCAACUGGUGGGUGCGUACUUAAUAAAUCCGGCCAGUGGUGCGCCCAUGCCAACGUCCGGCAAGACCGCAGCGGCGUAUGAGGGCGGCCACACCGAGGCCAGUCGCGUGGACAGCAUGAUGAAAGAUGGCCUAUUUGGCAACAUGUACCGUAGUAUGCAGGCCGGCACCACCUCCAACGUUAAUGCUAUAACAAACACCACCAGCGCAUCACUAGGAAAUACGCAAGGUGCCUUAUCGAACUUUAUUAAUGGCGGAAUGGCCAGGAACAACAACCCCCUCCCCCCAAGUGACACAACCAUGAACCAAGUACCCUUUCAGACAACGGAAAAUCUGAGCAACACUAAGAACCCAAAUUUAAAAGUAUAUGAUAAUCACGGAAAUAAAUUGAAAGACGUAGAUGCAGUCAACAUGUCAACACACCUGAAUGAGUUGAGUCAAUUGAGACAGAAAAUUUCUUUGAGUAAUUUUACCAACACGGUCAGUAGCCAUCACCACAGGGUGAAUAAUAACCAAAACUUCAACCACGUGAGUAACUUUGGUAAUACCAUGAAUAAGCUAGAUACAUUUAACGUCCCACCUGCACAGGGGUAUAACAAUAUGCAUAAGGGGACACUGUUGAACAGCACCCUGCUCAGUAGUGCACUUAAUAGCAACGGCAUGACCAUGUCAGGAAUGAACCUCUCCAGUGGGGGAAACCUGCACACCUAUGGAAAACACACCAUGAAUAACCCAUCAAGUGGGAAUGUCCUUGGAAUGAACCAGAGAGGGGGAGUAAGCCAUUUCGCCACGAUGGGCCAUGACGUUGGGAUGGCACACACGGCCAACCAGGGUAACAUGGGGAACGCUCACAUCGCAUCUAUCCCCAUGGCCAAUGCGCCGAGCGGUGGAAAUCUGAUGGGGGUGGUGAAUUCCCACAAGGGAAUAACUGAGGGACCCAUAAAAGGCAGGGGAAACCUAAUCAAUUACGGAUACGUGCACAGCAAGGGGAAGGUGGGUGAGGUCAUUGGUAUGGGAGCGGAUGGGGCAAAGGGAGGGAUGCUUAACGAGGCGAACUCCAAUUAUAACGGUAUGAAUUUAUUUGGUGGAGGAGUCCCUCAUGCUAGCGGCUUGCAUUAUGUAAGCACUAUGGGUGCACAGAGUACCUACCCGCGGGGGCCCAUAAAUUUGAAAAACAAUACUGACAAGGUAGACAUGCAGAGAGAAGGGACCGUGUUAAAAGGGGGUGUGCUUGACGGAAGUAACGCACUCACCCAUGCCUCCAAUCAGUGCACCGUGAACCAAAGUGCCCCAAACAACAACGUCAUCAGCACAGACAAUUAUGCGAACCUUCUGAAGCAUUUGUGUACUCCCAUUAAGAAUAGACUUGCGAGCAACAGCACAGAUAAAUUGAACAGUGUUAAUAUUGGUGAGUACUCUAACCAGGAGGGAAGGUUCCCCGGGGAAAGCAUGAAGGAGGGUAUCAAGGAGAGUAGCAUUUCGAGGGUUCAUGAGAACGCAGCGGCGGGGGGAGAUAUGUUGUUCGUGGGUAGUGGGGCCUUCAAGGGAAAUGCAAGUGAGGGAAAAGCGCAGGAAAAUAUCAACAUGGGGAAUAUCCCCGGUGCACUCGAUUUUGGUGGAGACGGCGACAUUGUGCGUAAGGAUCCCUUGGAAAACACCACCCAUAUCGGUAACGCCACCGCUAAUGUAGGAGGGGGCGCUCCCAGCUGGGGUCAUGUGUACGACUUGAAAAAGAUGAAUCGGUUCGCCGAGAAAAAACGGAGGGACGAGGAGGAAGCGGAGGCUGGAUGUACUAACAUAAGCGGUAACGGCGAGGAUCAGCAGGAUCGCCGGGCCCACACCCACGGUGACAACCAGAACAUCCAUGACCGCAGUGACGUCCGCAACGACGUCCGCAACGAGGGGAGGAACAAGCCGAUCAGAAGCAACAAGACAAAGACCAAGGCCUUCUUCUACAUCAACCCCAAGUACAUCAUCGAGCCCUUGAAGAGAAAAAUUUAUCAAACCAUGUCCCUCUAUAUUGAAAAUUUAAUAAGUGACGUUCAAGUCAGUGAAAAUAAAAACCGAGGGGAAAUAUUAGCUGACCUCCACAACACCCCCUGGUUCUGCAUGGUAUUCGAUUUCGAUGGCAUUAGCAAAUUACUUAACGUUUUUAAUAAAUAUUUAAUUUACUCGGACUCGCUAAUCAUACCUGAUAUGCUGAUCGGGAAGAGGUUGGAAGAGGAAAGCGCUUCCAGUGUACUCGCGUGUCACGCGAAUGGGGGAAGCGACCCCAAUGGAGAAAAUAAGUCAAACAGGGAGCCCAAUGUAGACCACACACAGCAGGGGAAGGGGCAGGAGCAGGGACAGUUCCAUCACUACUUCAAAAAAAGUGACAAGCUGGAUUUCAUAAAUAAAAAAAUAAAUGAAUAUGAACAUAGCAUAAUCGAAAGUGCAGAAAAACUUUCAUACCUGAAAGAGUUAUGUACAUCUGUAAAAGGACAAGUGGAUACAAAGAAAAAAAAACUUCUUCUCCUCAUGGAGACAGCCAAGCUGAAACUGUUUGCAUACAAGAGCAAAGAACUUCAAACCAUUAUAGACAUUGAAAAGAAAGGUAAUGGACUGGCCCCCGAGGAACAGGAACAGAUUAACCUAACGAACGAAUACUACGACAUGUUCACAAAAAUUAAUGAAGGAUUAAAUUUUUUAAAAAAAUAUUCCAAUGUCGUAAUUUCCACGCAGAGUAUGCAUGAUGAGAUUACUCAAGAUGAGGAACACAAAAACUUGUGCCAGUCUUCUGUCUCCACCGACGAUUUAAGCUUCGAAAAUAAUGUGAAUGGCGAUGAGGAGGAAGAGGAUGAGGACCACGAUGAGGAGGACGAUGACGAGGAUGAUGAAGACGAUAAGGAGGAGGAAGGAGCAGACGAGGGAGGUGUCCAUCAGGAUGCUAACCAACACGGGGGUGAAGGAAACUACCAACGGAAUGAUCACACAGCUGGGUACGCACAUGAUCAUAUUAGCAACAUGCACAUGUCCCCAGGGAAACGAAAGAAAAGAAGAAAAAAAAGAAACGGCCACGAGGCCCUCCUGCACAGGAAGAAUCUACCCCACGACGAGCUCGACGAUAAAGCGGACAAGGAAGUGAGCAAGAAGCGGAAGACUGUGAACCAGAUUAAAAACCUGCAAUGGGAAAAGGAGGACAACGAGGAGUGGGUCGACGAAUUUUUGGAGGACUUUUAA